UAGCGCGCGCAGAGCAUCACAGUGUUAACGCGCUACGACAACAACAGUGAAUGUGCGAGCCACAUAGGCAGCUUAGAAUACCGUUUUCCUCCUCAUUGUUUGUGUUUGUCAGUGUUGGAAUCUCACUCUGAACUUAAAUCAUCCUUAGACCGCUGACCAUGUCUCUGUCAGGCUCACAGACUCCCGAGGACACCUUGUACGGGUCAUGGGUGGAGCUGGAGGAGCUGAUAUCAGCGGUGAGCAGCAGGGAGAGUGUGACAGGACAACAACAGGACACAGCCUCCUGGGCCCUGCAGGGGGAGCUGGAAAGAAUCCUACAGGAGGCACAGCUCGAGUGUGAGAGGAGUAGAGACAGCCCUCCGCAGGUGGGGACUCCUCCACAAACCGCUGCCACCCCCCCUCACAGUGAAGGAAGCAAUAGCAGCACAGACUGUGUGACCAUACAGUCCGAAGAAGAAGGGGACAGGAGGAUUAGCUCUGAGUGGGUAUGGGACUGGUCCAGUCGGCCCGAGAACCUGCCACCAAAGGAGUUUGUGUUCCAGCACCCAAAACAGUCAGCCUCCCUGAGUGUACGGAAGAGUGAGGUGAUGAGGAGAGGCCUGUUCUCCUCUGACGUCCUCAUGAUCCUCAUUCCCUCAAUGCUGGCCUCACACCUGCUCACACUGGGACUGGGGAUCUACAUAGGGAAGCGAUUGGCUGCCUCUACAACUAGUACUCUGUGACAUGUGCUUCAGGGCAGCGCUCCCAUUCGCUGACAGCAGGCCAAUAGGAUCACCACCCUCACCAUAGAACUCUUGUUGCCCCCCUUUCUCCCUGUCAUGGGGCAACUUAGGACCCAGCCUUUCUUCACCAUUGUCUCUCUGUCUGUCUGUCUGUCUGCACUUAGUAUGUCUGUCAGAUGGUCAGUCAGUAACCCAUCAUCCGAAUCUGAAAUUUCCCAAGGUUGUGUAUGAAUGUGUGUGUGUUUUUCAGGGCAAGAGUCUACUCAACACCAAUUUUAUUAAUGAUUCAGACAGAGGUUAUUAUUCCUCUCCCCGCAGAGUAAGACCUCAAACUAACAAGGAGAAAUGAGCGAUGACAUGGAGAAUGUAUAGAGAGAGCAUUGGCCACCUAAAUACCCAAUUAAGUUGUGAAAAGGUAUUACAAUAGGGUACAUAGCCUAGUGCAUUGUGUAACUUUACAAAAUCUAAUUCAACAUUUUAUAUCCACCAUGACUCCUGUCAUCCACUUUCUGGGGCAUAAAUGCGGGAACUGUGAUGAUUUAGUUAGCAUUGAGAAAUGGUUUAUAUUUCGUUGAGGAAUGGUUUGUCUAACAUUAACAAAUGCUUUGUAUAACAUUGACAAAUGGUUUCUAUAAUGUUCUUAAUGGUUCAUAACAAAAACAAGUGGUUGUGCUCUUUGUCCAAUAUAACCAUCUGAAUGUUUGAACUUUUUUGAACAACCAUAACCCCAUUAAAAUGUAUUAUUCACACAGCU